GUUGUGCAGUGGAGCGCAAUGUAAUGCAACACGGUGCCGUGCUGAGCUGUGCAGCGUGCGCUGUGCAGUGUAGUAUUGAGCUGUGCAGUGCAACACUGUGCAGUGUUGUACUGUGCAGCCUAGUGCAGUGCUGUGCAAUGCAAUGCAGCGCUGUGCGGGCCAAAUUGGGCCAAGUUUCUGACUGCCUCACGUCUGCCACGGGGCGUGCUGGGAAAUAACCCCCCCAGGCAGGCGUUGUGGGAAGCAUCGGCCUCGGCUGCACUCUGAUGGGCUGGGGCUGGGGCUGGCAGCCAGGCCGCGGGGGCUGAAGUGGCCUUCGUGCCUCUGCUGUGUCCCAGGCACUGAAGGACUGAGCUGUCCUCAUCUCAAAGGCUACCAGAGCUCAGCUGAGGAGCGGCGCUUGCAGAAGCAUUCUCCAUCGCAGCCUUUGCUGCAAAUUAUUUAGUGAGCGCAGAAACCCACCGUGGCCCUGACCACCACCACUGGGUGCUCAACAGGGACAACCAAUUUUUGGCUUGCAGCACGAUUUCUGUUGAAGGCAGGUGGCUUUUAUUUUUGGAGGAGAGAAAGCCAACAGCUGCAUCCAUCCCUGCGGCUUGGCUGUCCGCAGGCCAAAGCCCACCAGAGGGAGUGCUGCACCCCCAGAAGCGCGGCCUGGACGGGCUGCUUCGGGGUAAGGGCUUCUCCCUGCCCUGAAACCGCUGCUUGUCGCUGGGGGCAAAGCGCUGCCGGCCCCGAACGUGGGCUGCUCCAUCCGCGCGGGCAUGGGCUGCAGGUCGCCGCUUCCUGAAGGAUGGGGAAUUCAUCCCAACGUGCACCGCUUGGCAGCGCCCCGUGGUUGUUUGCAGCCCCAGCGGAAUGCAGAAGGCCCGGGGAAAGCUCCCGAUUUGCCUCUGCCCCGCUACUUGGCGCAGCCGCAUGCUGCACGUUUCUCCCGGCUCCUCCAAGGACGUCGUCCCCGGGCCCCGGGGCAGGGGACAGACUCCCGCUGCCCGGGGUAUGCAGGGGGGCCGUCCGGGCCGUCCCGCGCUGCUCGCUGCAAGCAGGCACGGUGCCACGCGUGGCAGCCCAGGCACGAGGCGAAGCGCUAUUGCGGGGCCGGGCUGCAGUGGGCUGGCGCAUCCCGUGGGACUGGCCACAGCCCCCUAUAUCAGUGGGGCUGGCGGGGCGGCAGCGGCAGAGCGCAUCGGUGACGCCCCCUGGCUCCUCGCCCUCUCUGCCCAGCCAUGGAUGACAUCUAUAAGGCGGCGGUUGAGCAGCUGACAGAGGAACAAAAAAAUGAAUUUAAGGCUGCCUUCGACAUCUUCGUGCUAGGGGCAGAGGAUGGCUGCAUCAGCACCAAGGAGCUGGGGAAGGUGAUGAGGAUGCUGGGGCAGAACCCUACCCCUGAGGAGCUGCAGGAGAUGAUUGAUGAGGUGGAUGAGGACGGCAGCGGCACUGUAGACUUUGAUGAGUUCCUUGUUAUGAUGGUCCGGUGUAUGAAAGAUGACAGCAAGGGAAAAACUGAAGAGGAACUCUCAGAUCUCUUCAGGAUGUUUGAUAAGAAUGCUGAUGGCUACAUCGAUCUUGAGGAACUGAAGAUCAUGCUACAGGCAACUGGAGAGACAAUCACUGAGGAUGACAUAGAAGAACUGAUGAAAGAUGGGGACAAAAACAAUGAUGGCAGGAUUGACUAUGACGAGUUCCUGGAGUUCAUGAAGGGAGUUGAAUAAAUCUGAGGCCGGAUCGACAGCCCAAAUCUCUGAAACCCCUUCCGCUCUGUGACUCAGCUCCUCAGUUCCGUCCCCUGGCUGCCAGCAUGAAGACUGAGCACUGAGAAGGGUGGCCAUAGGGAAAAUAAAAGCACGUUGCUAUCAAGUGCCUCUGAUAGUUGUUCCUUGGCAGUUAGGUGAGUGCUGCACCUUGGCCAUAGGCUCACAACCAAAGGGGACGCUCCUUGUGGCUGUGGGUAACUGCCAGGGAGCCACCAUUUUGUGUCACCGCCAUGUUGCGUUGCCCCACUGAUCACACCAUGGUGAGGGCAGCGGGGGCCUGCACUGGUGCCUGCUGGUUUAACUGGAGCACUGGCAACAUUUUAGUGAUGAAACAUGAAUUAACAACCAUGUAUUCCGUUUUUAAAACCCUGGGAAAGGAACAUCUCCUUUCCUCCCUGAUGUCACCACAACUGUCCCAAAGACACCCCUCCCUUCUUCCCCAUCCUGAUGGCUACCCUGUGAUACAUACAGAAGGAAAACAUCUACUUGAUUUGGAAACACCUUUCUUGUCUCACUCUGUAUGGAGGGAGGCAGGUUGCCCCGUGAGGGAGCCACGCCAUAGCACUAUGGCAUCUC